AUGGGAAUUUCUAAAGAUCCACAAGAAGUUUACAUAAUAGUAAUGGAACUGGCACGGUUAGGUAGUCUUGAUACAUAUUUAAAGAACCAUUUUUACAGCAUGAAAUGGGAGGAAAAAAUUACAGCCUUACUAGAUAUUAGCAUGGGACUUGAUCAUUUACAUAAAAGUGAUUUAAUUCAUCGUGAUUUUCAUCCAGGAAAUCUUUUAUAUAGUAUUGGAAAAAAUUUGCUUAUUACAGAUCUUGGUUUAUGCCAGUCUGUAAUCAAAACUCAGAAUCAGGGCCUUAUGGAAAUAUACCAUAUAUUGCUCAUAGAAAAAAAGCAAUAUACGAAAACUGAUGGUGUAUAUUCUUUUGGAUGG